GGAAGCUGACAGUCAGCUGCCCCGAUUGAUAAAACAUAGAGCAGGCCGAACUGGAGACUGAGACUGCAAAACCUCGCCACCACUUUUUUUGGCCCCCCCAAGCCCGGGUCUCCUGUUAAACCUUACCGCCCUUUUCCUCCGAUAUGGACGAGACAAGCCCGCUGGUCUCCCCACUCCGGGAUCCUCCCGAUUUCAGCUACUGCCCUACAGAGCCUAUGAGUCCCCGGGCCGAGUUUGGAGCUACGCCGGGUUCAGUUGUGCGGGUACCAGCGGGGAGCCCCGGACGGAGCCGGGAGAGACAGCCCUUGCUCGAGCGAGACCGAGGAUACUCUCCCCGGGACCCUUACAGGAACGAGUUCCCGGAGGAUCCGGAGUUCAGGGAAAUCAUCCGAAAAGCAGAACGGGCUAUCGAAGAAGGGAUUUACCCAGAAAGAAUUUACCAAGGAUCCAGUGGAAGCUAUUUCGUGAAAGAUUCACAGGGGAAGAUAAUCGGUGUGUUCAAGCCCAAGAACGAGGAGCCAUACGGGCAGCUGAACCCAAAGUGGACCAAGUGGCUCCAGAAGCUGUGCUGCCCGUGCUGCUUUGGCAGAGACUGCCUGGUGCUGAAUCAGGGGUACAUGUCUGAGGCCGGAGCCAGCCUGGUGGACCACAAGCUGGAGCUCGACAUUGUCCCCAGGACCAAGGUGGUGCACCUGGCUAGCGAAACCUUCAAUUACAGUGCCAUCGACCGCGUCAAGUCGCGGGGCAAGAGGCUGGCCCUGGAGAAAGUGCCACGUGUGGGCCAGCGGUUCCACAGAAUAGGACUUCCCCCUAAGGUGGGAUCAUUCCAGUUAUUUGUUGAAGGGUACAAAGAUGCAGACUACUGGCUACGGCGUUUUGAGGCGGAACCUCUGCCAGAGAACACGAACCGCCAGCUGCAGCUUCAGUUUGAGAGGCUGGUGGUGUUGGAUUACAUCAUCAGGAACACAGACAGAGGCAAUGACAACUGGCUGAUCAAGUACGACUGCCCGAUGGACACGGGGAACUCCAGGGAUGCCGACUGGGUAGUUGUGAAAGAGCCCAUCAUCAAGAUUGCUGCUAUAGACAAUGGCUUAGCUUUUCCGCUCAAACACCCGGACUCCUGGAGAGCCUACCCCUUCUACUGGGCCUGGCUUGCGCAGGCCAAAGUCCCCUUCUCCCAAGAGAUUAAGGACCACGUUUUGCCCAAAAUUUCGGACCCGAACUUCGUCAAGGACCUUGAGGAGGAUCUAUAUGAACUGUUUAAGAAAGACCCGGGCUUUGACAGGGGUCAGUUCCAAAAGCAGAUUGCAGUGAUGAGGGGCCAGAUCCUGAAUCUGUGCCAGGCCAUGAAGGACGGGAAGACACCCCUGCAGCUGGUGCAGAUGCCCCCCGUCAUCGUGGAGACCGCCCGGGCCCCGCAGCGCGCCAACAGCGAGUCGUACACGCAGAGCUUCCAGAGUCGUCGACCCUUCUUCACGUGGUGGUAGAGCUGGGGGGGAGGGGGGCGAGACGAGGAGGGGGGGCCCGGGGCGCGCCUCUCCCGCCCUCGCCGGAGUGUCUCUCCAGGACGCCUCCCGAACUGCCAUAGCCUCUCUGCCUUCCUCCCGUCGUGCCUUUGACUGCCUCUGGGAAAGAGGGAGGAAGAAAACGGCGGCGCUGCAAGCGGAUAUUUUCCCGGCGGGGUCAGCUGCUCCAGUGCUCUCGCCCACCCCCUUCCCUCCCGUCGGCCUUGACGUUGGCCUGUUGCUCAGCAGGGCCCGGUUCCAUUCCCGGGGGACGAGCCGGCCGGGCUGGCGAACUGGUGAAUUCUGGGGAGGGGGGAGACCAGUGUGCAGGGAUGACUCAGAAAGAGAGGGGAGCUGUGGUCUUCUCAGCCUGCGACCGCUGCAGACUCCUGGGGUGGUGGGGGAGGGGGGGAGAUGUUCAGGCGGACUGGCAGUGAGUCUGCAAGGGGGCUUUUACUCCGGAUCCUAGGCUUGACAGUGAGAACAAAUGCAACCUGGAAAGAGAAGAAGACGUACUUGCCCUUACUCAAAGGCUGCUUCGUUAGCGCAGGCUCCCGAUUCCUCCUCCGCUUUGCUGUACAGACUCUUCAUCUUUCAGUCUUUGACUAACAUGAGCUGCUACAGAGCACAGACCCUCCGAUGCCUCUCUCCCAAUGGAGGGUUCCACUGCCUACAGUCCCAGAGGGGGCCAACACCUCCCACAGCCAACAGUGUUAUUCAUUAGCUUGCCAAAGUGUCAAAGAUGUUGUUUGCUAAAUUAGAUUUGUAUGGCAGUGAUGCCUUAUCUGUGUUUAUUGAACACAAAUAAGUGCUUAGCAAAUCUAGCAAAUUAACCAAGACAUUGGCUGCCAGUGCUCAUGUCUGUUACACUGGAGGCAUCUAGAGCUGUGGACCUGUAUUGGCAGCCCCUGUCUUAAGACAUCUAUCAUUAAUACUAAUGUUUCAGUAACUUAAUGAGUACCACUGUUCACUGUGGAGUUCUUCCGUUCCUAGAUCUGUGUCUGGAUUCCUAUUGUUGGCAAUCAGUCUGAGCUCGGCUUCUGUUAUGUUUUUUUUAACCCCUCUCAGACGCUUCCAUAAGUGGUAUUUACUGCUUCAUUAUUGUGGGGAAAAAAAAGAAAAUUGCAAAUCACAAACUUUCAUUUGUCUGAGAUACUAAUUGGGGUUAUUGUUAUAGCUGCAUCAAAGCGAUAUUGAAGGGUUUUGUCCUAGGAGGGGUAUUAAUGCUGACCGUGGGAAAUAGGCAUGUAAAAUGGAGGAACAAGUGCUAACCUUUUUAUUGAUCACUUGGUAUGUUUUGGCCAGAUGUAAAAGGAGAAAGUAAUUCUUCACAUUUUCAGGUUUUAUUUAUCAAUUUUGAUCAGAGUCAUUUGCAAAACAGUUUUAGUUAAAACAUUCAUCUUCACUUAAUUUAACUAAGUGGACAACUGGACAACACACUGGCAAAUCUGUGCAGUCUAUGAACUCUCCUCACUCAUAUCUGACAUACAAAUCCACGGAGCGUGCUAAUAUUUAGCAGACUUGCAUGAAACAACUGUUAUGAAGUGGAAUUGAAGUCCGUGGUGAUCUACUGUAUGCACUACUGGAAAUCGGAUUCAAAAGUGACAUUCUUUAAAUGCUAGAUGACUUGGUAAACGUAGUCAAAAUCAUGGACAUUAUAGUUUUAUCACUCCUCUUUUUGCAUUCAGUGGUUUUUGAAUUUCAGUUUAUCACUGAAAUGUUUUGAUUCUUCCAAAAUAAAGCUAGCUGGGGAAGAAUUGAGAAAAGCAUUUCGUUGGAUAACAUUAGUACAGUAUCCAGAAAGAUGGUAAAAAAAAAAACUUUUAUUAGCUUUUCAGAAAGGAUUUUAUGUAAUAAAAAUAAUUUAACUUUGCUUGACGAGAACUGCCCGAUCACCUGUUUCUUUAGGUGUCUCAUGUUUACAGCAGAUCAUGGGUACGCAGCUUAAGUCAGUGAGCGCAGUAUAACCCCUGCAGUUUUAAAAACCAAAGCAGAAGCAAGUCAUCAGGGCACAUCAGCAUAAACUUGUAAUCUUCUUCUUCUUCUUCAAAAAAAAGUCAAAUGCUGUGGCUUAUCUUCAGCAAUCCCGUACAUUGUUCUUUGCCAUCCUGUAUUGCUUUAAAAGUAAAGGACUGCUGUUGUGUUUUCACACGGGGUCUGUCGCCAAUUACUUUCUCCUGCCAAACACAAAGGAAGUCCUGCUCCUCUGGCAGGUAUUUUGACUAUUUAUUGACUGCCCGAGUUCAGCGGGAGGAAAUCGGAGCUGCGCUUAGUUAGGUCAAGAAUUCCAGAUUCAGAGCAACACCAGGAGAGUUCCUGCGCUGAAGCUCCCCCGCACUAGCUGAGCCCGAAGGGUGGGAGGAGAGGGACGUCUUACAGGAGAGGCUCUUUUCAGGGUGACCCGGCUUGUCACCCCCCCCCUCGCCGUGACGUACCCAUCGUGCUGCACCAGCGGCUGCCUGCCAUUUUGCUCGGCUUAAUCCUGCACCUCUGUUAUCCAGUGCUCAGUGUUGCACUGGGUUCCCACCGGCGGGAACUUGACUCGACAUCUCGGAUGAGAAGAAAUUGCUGUGCGGCUCUGAGAUUCCGGCAUGUCUUGCGCUCUAUUCUACGUCCUGGAUACCGUGGAGAGUUGCCCGCAGCACGUGCGUGCAUCAGACAUUUCUGGGAACAAGGAGACCUUUGUUCAACAUUAGCGGAGCAGGGAAGAGACCCAGCCCAAUGCACAGGAGCCUUGGGGAAGAGUGCAGCUACCCUCACCUGGUCCAGAAAUAAAAGUCCCAUGUUGCUUUUUUUUUUUCCUUUUUAACAGCUUGAGAUACCUUGUUUAUUGUUUUGACAAACAUUUACUGCUGUAGCUACCAAACUGACCUGAAAUGUAUUGUUCUGACAAUGCACUGUAUAAUUUGUAUGUAAACUAUUUAAUGAAAGAAAAUGCUUAUAACAGAAAUAAAUCAUAUUCCAUUA